AUGGUCGACCCGACUUUUCACUCCGAGGAACAAUGGCUGGCUCAAGUGGCUGCUAUGCGACAGGCCAUUGCCGAUUUAAAAUUGCCAUCCCUCAACGAUGCUUCGCAGAUGUAUGGGAUAGAUCUCGACUUGGACGAAGAUUUGAGUGAAGACAUUGAUGACGAUAUCUGGGAUGCCGAAAGCACGGUUGACGAGAGCCCUUUCACUGACGAAUUCGGCGAGACGGCUAAUGGGUUCAAAACUCCAAACUUUGUUACCGACGGUGUCUUUGACAGGGCGUGGCUACGCUCGAAAUGUGCUGCCUGGACUCGUUCGAGGUCUGGCAUUGACGCCUCCGACAUUGAACACCGAAUCACUGCUCUUUUAGCAUCUGGCAGUUCGGACGAUGAAUUGCAGAUGUCACUUGCAGACAUCGUGGGCUUUGACGAUCUCGACUUUGUCAUUGAACUUAUCUCUCAUCGCAAGGAGGUUCUGACUGCUCCAACUGCAACCACUCGUCAGACAGACGGACUCUUGGGGAAGCUUGAAACCCAUCAGGAGCGAGAAGCAACUCUGCGACGACAGGACUAUGCGCACAAACACGCUGCUCUUGCUCCAGCUUUCGAUCGAUCUGGGCCCAGAUAUCCUCAUGUAUACAAGUCUGAUGUCGCCGCUACGGGCAACAUGUUGGAUGUGGCUGGCAGGAGAUAUGCUCUACCUGUUGGCAGCACCCGACACGACCAUCAAAACUAUGAGGAGUAUUCAAUCCCUGCCUCAAAAGUAGGCUCCCUUGUUGCAGGACAGAAGCUGGUCAAUCUCUCCGAGAUGGAUGGUUUAUGUCAACGGACUUUCAAGGGCUACAAGAGCCUGAACCGAAUGCAGAGCCUACUUUAUCCUGUGGCAUACACUACUUCCGAGAAUAUGCUAAUUUGUGCUCCUACUGGUGCUGGUAAAACUGAUGCUGCCAUGCUCACAAUUCUGCAGGCGAUUUCGAAGAACGUCAUACCCAAUCCGAUCGAAGAGCACACCGCCACGGACUUUAUAGUAAUGGCAGACGACUUCAAGAUCGUUUACGUUGCACCAAUGAAAGCUCUCGCUGCAGAGGUCACCGAUAAGCUGGGCAAGCGUCUAGCUUGGCUUGGUAUUCAAGUGCGAGAGUUGACUGGCGAUAUGCAGUUGUCCAAGAAGGAAAUUGCUGCCACUCAAAUCAUCGUGACGACCCCGGAGAAGUGGGAUGUUGUCACUCGGAAGAGUACAGGAGAUACUGAACUCGUCCAGAAAGUCCGGCUUCUCAUUAUCGACGAAGUCCAUAUGCUCCAUGAUGAGCGUGGUGCUGUUAUCGAGUCUUUGGUUGCUAGGACCGAACGACAGGUGGAAAGCACACAGUCACUGAUCCGAAUCGUUGGACUCUCAGCUACUCUUCCAAAUUACAUUGAUGUUGCAGAUUUUCUGAAGGUCAACCGGAUGUCUGGUCUGUUCUACUUUGAUGCUUCUUUCCGCCCAGUCCCACUCGAACAACAUUUCAUUGGUGUCAAGGGAAAGGUUGGAAGCAAAACCCAGCGCGAAAACCUCGAUCAAACCACCUUCGAAAAAGUCAAGGAGCUUCUGAAGCAGAACAAGCAAGUCAUGGUCUUUGUCCACUCCAGGAAAGACACUGUCUUAGCUGCGCGAACUCUCAACCAAAUGGCUAUUGACGAUGGAUGUGCGGACUUGUUCGUCCCAGAUCCCGACAAUCCUGCUUAUGUAAGAGCCAUGGCGGAUUUGAAAACCACUCGAGGCCGUGAACUGCGAGAAAUCGUGCCCAAGGGUUUCGGGUGUCACAAUGCUGGAAUGGCGCGAUCAGACAGAAAUUUUGUCGAACGAAUCUUCUCUGAAGGCGCGAUCAAAGUUCUUUGCUGCACAGCAACCCUUGCAUGGGGUGUCAAUUUGCCUGCGGCUGCCGUUAUCAUCAAAGGGACGCAACUUUACAGUGCCGAAGCCGGUAAGUUUGUGGAUCUUGGGAUCCUGGACGUUCUUCAAAUUUUCGGCCGCGCUGGUCGUCCUCAGUUCCAAGACAGCGGUGUGGGAUAUAUUUGCACCACUCAAGAUAAAUUGCAACAUUAUCUAUCCGCCGUCACUCAGCAACAACCCAUCGAGUCCAAGUUCUCGCAGAAGCUUGUCGAUAACCUCAAUGCUGAGAUCAGUCUAGGCACGGUAACUACAGUUCAAGAGGCCGUUACCUGGUUAGGCUACACCUAUUUAUUCAUUCGCAUGCGGCGGAACCCGCAGGCGUAUGGAAUAGAUUGGAACGAGUACCAGGACGACCCUCAACUGGGCCAAAGACGGCGGAAACUAAUUGUCGAUGCUGCUAGAACGCUGCAUCGAAGUCAAAUGAUUAUUUUCAAUGAACGGACAGAUGAACUCCGGGCGAAAGACGUCGGUCGGAUCGCCAGCCAAUAUUAUGUCCUUCAGAGCAGUAUCGAAAUAUUCAAUACCAUGAUGCGACCACAUGCAAGUGAGGCAGAUGUUCUGAAGAUGAUCAGCAUGAGCGGGGAGUUUGACAAUAUUCAGUCCAGAGACAAUGAAGCGCAAGAACUACAUCGACUGCGUCAAGAAGCUGUCGUGUGUGAGAUCGAGGAUCGAAAGAGUGGCCCGAAGAACUCCGAGGAUGAGAAAGAGCAGAGAGUCAUCGAAAACCACGCAAAGACAAACAUCCUGCUUCAAUCAUACAUAUCUAGGGCCAAACUUGAAGAUUUCGCCUUAGUGUCAGACCUGGCAUAUGUUGCACAGAACUCGGCUCGGAUUUGUCGAGCCUUGUUCAUGAUCGCUUUAAAUCGUGGCUGGGGUUAUCAAUGCCAGGUUCUACUUUCCAUGUGCAAGGCCAUCGAGAAGCAAAUCUGGCCUUUCCAACACCCAUUCCACCAGUUUGAUCUUCCUGUUCCAGUCUUGAAGAAUUUGGACGACAAGGCACCUUCCUCAAACAUUGAAAGCCUACGAGAAAUGGAGCCGGCUGAGAUUGGGAAUCUUGUCCACAACCAGAAGAUGGGAACUACCUUGGCGAAAUUGCUCGACAAUUUCCCCACGAUGUCAGUCGAGGCGGAAACCGCACCUCUUAAUAGAGAUGUGCUCCGUAUGAGGUUGUACCUCUAUCCAGAGUUCGUCUGGAAUGAUCGUCACCACGGCACUUCCGAAGCAUAUUGGGUUUGGGUUGAAAAUUCAGAGACGUCGGAAAUCUACCACCAUGAGUAUUUCAUCUUGAGCCGAAAGAAGAUGCACGACAAUCACGAACUUAACUUCACUAUACCGCUCGCCGACCCCUUGCCUUCUCAGAUAUACGUCAGAAUUAUAUCGGACCGAUGGCUGGGCGCAGAGACCGUACAUCCAGUUUCUUUCCAACAUCUCAUUCGGCCGGAUACGGAGAGUGUGUAUACUGACCUCCUCGACUUACAGCCCCUUCCCAUCACCGCUUUGAAAAACCCAGCGCUAGAGGAGCUCUAUGGACAACGCUUCCAGUUUUUCAAUCCAAUGCAGACCCAAAUUUUCCAUAUCUUGUAUCAUACUUCGAACAACGUCCUCUUGGGCUCACCAACCGGUUCUGGGAAGACCGUCGCCGCAGAAUUAGCCAUGUGGUGGGCGUUCCGUGAAAGGCCAGGGAGUAAAGUCGUGUACAUUGCACCCAUGAAAGCCCUUGUUCGAGAAAGAGUCCAAGACUGGCGCAAGCGCCUCACCAUACCGUUGGGUUUGAAGCUGGUCGAGUUGACUGGUGACAAUACACCAGAUACACGGACUAUUCGCGAUGCAGAUAUCAUCAUCACCACGCCUGAGAAGUGGGACGGUAUAUCACGAUCAUGGCAGACCAGAUCCUAUGUUCGACAAGUUUCUCUCGUGAUUAUCGACGAGAUCCAUCUUCUGGGCGGUGACCGUGGUCCCAUUCUUGAGAUCAUCGUGUCAAGAAUGAACUACAUCGCAUCACAAGCGGAAAGUGGCUCGAUUCGCCUGGUCGGCAUGUCGACCGCUUGUGCCAACGCCACUGACUUGGCAAACUGGCUUGGAGUCAAGCCUGGAAAUAAUCAAGGGCUCUUCAACUUCCGUCAUAGUGUCCGUCCAGUUCCGCUCGAGAUAUACAUCGACGGAUUUCCCGAGCAGAGGGGAUUCUGUCCGUUGAUGCAAAGCAUGAAUCGGCCGACCUACCUGGCCAUCAAAAACCAUAGUCCAGACAAGCCUGUGAUUGUGUUCGUGGCAUCGAGAAGACAAACUCGUCUCACUGCAAAAGACCUCAUCAAUUUCUGUGGCAUGGAAGAGAAUCCGAGGAGAUUUUUACAUUUCGACAAUGAAGAUGAUCUCGAGCAUACUCUGUCGGCGGUCAAGGAUGCUGCGCUAAAAGAAGCGUUGAGCUUUGGUAUCGGAUUGCACCAUGCCGGAUUGGUCGAGUCUGAUCGAACACUAUCUGAGCAACUUUUUGCAGCAAACAAGAUCCAAAUCCUCGUUGCCACGUCGACGCUUGCGUGGGGAGUCAAUCUACCCGCUCAUCUGGUUGUUGUCAAAGGUACACAGUUCUUCGAUGCGAAGAUCGAAGGAUACAAGGACAUGGAUUUGACCGACGUCCUUCAGAUGCUAGGUCGAGCAGGACGACCGCAAUUUGACACGUCUGGGAUUGCUCGCAUUUUCACCCAGGACUCGAAGAAGGCAUUUUAUAAGCAUUUUCUACAUACAGGGUUCCCUGUGGAGAGCUCUCUGCACAAGGUCCUGGAUAAUCACUUGGGUGCCGAGGCCUCCGCUGGAGUCAUAACCACCAAGCAAGACGCGCUCGAUUACUUGACGUGGACAUUUUUCUUCCGUCGUCUCCAUAAAAACCCGACGUACUAUGGUCUUGAGAUUUCAGCAGAGGAGCACAAGGACAAUCAGCUUGCUGCUAGACAAGCUGCUGCAGAUUACAUGAUCACCUUGGUGGAUAAGUCGCUCGACGACCUGGCUGAAAGUGACUGUGUUUUGGUGCACAAUAAUGGCGAUGUGGAUAGCACUCCGUUCGGAAAGAUCAUGUCGUACUACUAUCUCAGCCACUUGACGAUUCGCAAGUUCUUGUCCAAAGCCCGCAAAACUACUUCGACUACCUUCGCGGAUGCUCUGGCUUGGAUCAGCCUAGCUACCGAAUUUGACGAUCUCCCUGUCCGGCACAAUGAAGACCUCAUCAAUGCUGAAUUGGCCAAAAAUUUGCCCUUGGACACCGAAGGUCUAAUGGACAAUCUGCCGAUGUGGGAUCCUCACGUCAAGGCAUUCCUCCUCAUCCAGGCGUUCAUGGCUCGCAUUGACCUCCCCAUCUCCGAUUAUGUCGGCGACCAAAUCUCGGUGCUGGACCAGGGCAUUCGCAUCAUCCAAGCUGGAGUGGAUCUCAUGACGGAGCUCAACAGAUUUGAUGCGGUUGUGCAGAUGGUCCAACUGCUGCAGUCCAUCAAAUCAGCGCGAUGGCCGGAGGAUUACCCGCUCAGCAUUCUUCCUGGUGUGGAUGAGGUGUUUGACGAUAGACUUGAAGGAAAAAUCCCCAAGGAUUUGGUCACGACGGCCGUGCUGUCUACAAGGCAUGGCGCGAAGACGAUAGACGGGUUGAUGAACGUGCUUGGAAUCAAAGCUCAUAAUACUCGGACGGCGUUCGUCAAAGCUGUGAACGCUCUUCCAGACAUUGCUUUGUCGGCGACAGGUGACACGGACAAUCUGCAGCUCACUCUGAAACGCAGCAAUCGAUUGCUCGACCGUGAAGCUAGAAUCUACGCCCCGAAAUUCCCGAAGCCACAGACAGAGGGGUAUUUUGUGCUUGUGCUCCCCACUAGAACGACGUCAAGUCGACAAGGAGUGGAUAUCUUGGCCCUGAAAAGAGCGAAUUGGUCUACCAUGAAACAGGGAACUCAGACCAAGGCGGUAGAAACCGCAAACGUCAAACUCAAGAUCCCGGCUCCAGAAUCACUUCUGGGAAGAGAGCAAGCGGAGGUGAAAGUUGAUAUGCUGGUAAUGAGCGAUGCAUACCCAGGGAUGGAGUGGCGAUUGGAGAAUGUCGUUGUGCCCGUUGCCCAGAAGACCGAGGUUUCAAAGACAGUAGAGGUCAAGGUUGAUGAGAGUUUGCUGAAGAAGAAAUAA